AUGGAAAGUUGGAGCGAAUUUCAGUGGAGCACCGACCGUAAACGACGCCGACGGCAACUGAAAGGAAAAGUAUGGGCCGCAGCGGUGCGGCGCGCGGCCGCUGCAGAUCGUGUCAUUGACACAUGCAAAUUCGAACAACGCUUCCAUGGCGGGUCAUCGAACCCUCCAUUCAAUGACUGUCGAAAGUUAUCCGUGAAUAUGUCGGCGCGCGGCGUAGCCCACAAAGAGCUGCUGAGCCAUCCCCCUCAGGCGAAUGUAGCGUUUAAAACCAUUCAUACAUAA